GUAAAACUCUCUCAGGGAAGUAACUCCAUUAUCCUGCGUAUCAUUCAGCAGCAGCACGGUCAUGCUGUGUCAUAUGAACUGACUCUCAAAAAGUAACAAUAAUCGGUUAUUUAGGAAGACAGAAAUAUACAUUACAGCGGUGUGAAGUUCACCUGAGGUCACGAGGAGAAAAGAAAUGUCGCGCGGGUCCAACGCAGGUUUCGACCGACACAUCACCAUCUUUUCACCGGAGGGCCGCCUCUACCAAGUCGAGUAUGCCUUCAAAGCCAUCUCCCAGAGCGGGUUGACUUCAGUGGGAAUUCGUGGGACAGACAGCGUUGUGGUGGUCACACAAAAGAAAAUACCUGACAAGCUGCUGGACUCAUCCACUUUGACCAACAUGUUCAAACUGACCCCUCGUAUUGGCUGUGUGAUGACUGGACACAAUGCGGACAGUCGUUCCCAGGUUCACCGGGCAAGGGUGGAAGCAGGAGAAUGGAAAUAUAAGUUUGGUUACGACAUCAAUGCAGACGUGCUGUGUCGUAGGUUGGCUGAUAUCUCCCAGGUCUACACACAAAACGCUGAAAUGAGGCCUCUUGGCUGCUGUAUGAUCAUGGUGGCUAUGGAUCCUCAGCAGGGUCCUGUCCUGUACAAAUGUGACCCUGCAGGCUACUACUGUGGCUUCAGAGCCACAGCAGUUGGGGCCAAACAGACAGAGGCCAACAGCUACCUGGAGAAGAAACUGAAGAAGAAGCCUGAGCUGACCCAAGACAGGACAGUGCAGAUGGCUAUAUCCUGUCUGGCCUCUGUGCUGUGCAUGGAUUUCAAGGCCAGUGAGCUGGAGAUCGGCGUGGUCACCAAAGAAAUACCCAAGUUCAGGACACUGUCGGAGGCAGAGACAGAAGUCCACCUCAUUGCCAUCGCAGAACGGGAGUAAAAGGUGCUCCCAGACAUUUCAGUCCGUCAUUCAUCAUAGUAUUUCAUUUUCAGUGUGCUUGAUUUCUCCAAAGCACUGCUACCUACAGUCUGAAAUCCAAAAGUACACUAGCUUUCACCUGGUUUAUGCUGGAGGUUUUAUCAUGCACACCUGAAGAAGAAACUCUGUUAUAAAGGAUUGCGCUAGCUUAGAUUUAUAAUGUUUCAUAAGACAUUUUCAGUGGGCUUUUUUAUUCAAUACAGUAAAAUAAUAACAUAACAAACAUUGUGUAACUAGGUUUAAAUAUCUGAUCUUGCAUAUUGACCAUCUUCAGUGGACAAGACAAGCUGUGACAUUGUCGUGACAGCCUCUGCUUUUCUUAGGAUGUGUACAGGAUAUUUGUCAUACAUCUAAUUUAAUACUGUAUGUUUGUAACACCGCCUUUGUAGUCACCGCCACACUUCAAAAAUUGUAAUAAAAAUUG